CUUAGGGAUCAUGUGGUACAAAAGCUGAUUCACAUUUUGCUGUUCAUUAAAGUUUGUGACUUAAAAAGCAAACACUCAACAGCCCCUCAAAGGAGCAACAAUCUGUCAUUUACAUAGACAUUCCUUAUAAGAUUAUCGCUGUGUCAAAGAAGUACGAAAGGCUAACCUGCCCCUUCCACCCCCCAUUUCCCCCCUCAGUGCUGCUGUGCUCCAUACAGGGAAUUAUAAAGAGCUUGCUUGUGGCUCACUCGGUGACUGAAGGCAGCAGGUUACUUGAUCAGUGUCCCAGUACAAUUUAAUUUUAUUAUCUCAGCCUCCAUGGACUGAUAUCAACAUUUUGGAAAUCACUGCUUGGCGAAAACCUUUCUCCUCAUCCUUUUCUCUUAUUUUCUUUCAUUCAACGCUUGAAUGGAGAAAUCUGGGAUGCCCGAGGCUUCCGGGCCCCUGGCAAGCAAUGAGCAGAUCACCGAGGCAACAGCGCCUAUUUCUAAACUGUUCCACUGCAGCUGGGUUCCUUUGGCCUACAGAGAGGAGCUCUACUACGUCCUGCGCCUGACUGGGCCUCUGCUCAUCUCCAGGAUCCUCUACUUCCUUCUGCCUUUUGUCAUCACAAUAUUCUGUGGUCACCUGGGAAAUGCUGAACUGGCUGGAUACGCCCUGGCCUCUGCGACUAUUAAUGUGACUACAACAGCCACAGGAUGCGGCCUGGCUCUCGCCUGUGACACACUUGUCUCUCAGACAUUUGGCAGUAAGAACCUGAAGCGGGUGGGGGAGAUUCUUCAGAGAAGUAUACUGAUCUUGUUACUCUUCUGCCUGCCAUGCUGGGCCAUACUCAUCAAUGCAGAGUCAAUACUCCUCGCUUUGAAGCAGGAACCAGAGGUAGCAAGGAUUGCACAUCUGUAUGUUAUGGCUUUCCUCCCUGCUGUUCCUGCCAUGUUUCUGCACCAUCUUCAGGUGUCUUAUCUGCAAAACCAGGGCAUCAUCCUCCCUCAGAUGUACACGGCAGUUGCUGCCAACAUUUUAAAUGUAGCCACAAACUACAUCCUCCUACAUGGGAUGAAGCUGGGAGUGAUGGGCUCUGCUGCAGCCAACAGUAUCUCACAGAUCACCAUCUGCCUCAUGCUGUUUGCCUACAUUCGCUGGAAAAAGCUGCACGUGAAGACAUGGGAUGGCUGGUCUACUGCAUCACUGCAGGAGUGGGGCUCCUACAUGAAACUGGCGAUUCCCAGCACGCUUAUGCUGUGUUUUGAAUGGUGGAUCUAUGAUAUCGGAGGUUUCCUUGCAGGCAUGCUGGGAGAGGUGGACCUUGCUGCCCAACAUGUGUUGCUGGAGAUGGGUGCCAUUACUUACAUGUUUCCGUUGGGUGUGCAUGCAGCCGCAUGUGUGCGUGUGGGCAAUGCGCUGGGGGCAGGAGACACAAACAGGGCCUUGAUGACCAGCAAAAUGACUCUUAUGAUAUCAGGAGUUUUGGCUGUUUUACAGGGAAUCGUACUGGGCUCCACUAAGUCUGUGGUGGGCUACAUCUUCACCUCUGAUGAGAGCAUAGUGGAGAUUGUCUCUGAAAAUCUCACCCUCUACGUCUUCCUGCAGUUUUUUGAUGCUCUUGUGUGUGUGUGUUCAGGGAUCCUUCUGGGUGCUGGAAAGCAGAAGAUAGCAGCCUUGUCCAACUUGAUCUGUUACUACUGCAUUGGGCUACCUGUAGGAAUAUCACUGAUGUUUCUGGCUGAACUCAGGAUACUUGGUCUGUGGCUUGGCCUCUUGAUAUGUGUCAUUAUUCAGACCUGUUUAUUCACCACUCUCAUUUUCAAGCUUGAUUGGAAGAAAGUGACAGAGCAGGCCCAGAAGCGUGCAGGCAAAAAUGCAAAGGUGGUGUGUGUGCUUCCGAAGACAUCAAUCAGACAGUCAGUACUUGAUACUUUGGUUUCUGAAGGACAGGAGAACAUAGAACAAACACCUGAUUUUGUAGCUUCUGCAAGUAUUCCUGAACCUUGGGAUGACAUCACUGGCAACAAAGCCCAGCUAACAAGUAAUGGUUCUGAUGCUGCCAGUUAUGUUCGAGUGAGUACCCAAGAGCAGAGUAAAGCUGAAAGUGGGGGACUAGCAGUGGCGAGUGAAACUGGAGAAGCUCAACCUAAAGUAUUGCUCUCUAUGAGCCAGCUUGUGCUAAGAAGGGGCCUCACACUGUUGACUGGCAUCCUGAUCCUGAUAGCUGGAGUUGCUGUUCACAUUGCCUGUCCUCUUCCAGAGCCAUUCAUUCCAUCUCAGAGCAACCUGACAAUGGACUGGAGGAACUUCUCCAUCCCUGACACCUUUCUAAAUUCUACAGCAAGCUAGGAACUCUCCAGCUUAAAGGAAUAGCUCUGCAAUAAAGUGACCCAUGCACUAUUUUUGAAGCCUUAUGCAUAGCUUUGUGUGAGGAACAGACUGAAAUGUUUCAUUAUUCCCUGAAAAUCCGCACUAACUCGAAUUGGCAAGGUCAUAAGAGAAGUAGCAAUGUCAGAUUUGUGAAUUAAUUUUUAUUUUGCCUCUUCUGUGAAUUGAUUGAUCCAGUUCACAAAAUUGUUCUGAAUGAUUUGUUCAUGAAUCGGCCUGAAUCGGUUCUGAAGUUCAACUCGCAGAUGAAAUAAUCCUGUCACACUGGUUAACAGCUCUUUGGAGGGCAAAAAUGUCAGUGAAUAACGACUUAAAUUUAGGUUUCUCACACAAAGCUGUCAUAAGUCAUACAAUUUGGAAUGACAUGAGAGUGAGUAGAUGAUGACAGAAUUAUAAAUUUUGGGUGAACAAUUAUCAACUAUUCCUUUAUUAAUAUCAAGGUCCCAUAUAAAGAUAUCUGGGACAACCACUGGGUCGAUUCAGCGAUCUUCCAUAAUGCUGCUUAUCUAUCAAAGGAGAAAAUCAUGUUAUAUUUAAACAAUACUUGUCAGUGUUAUUCAAGAAAAUCUUAAUUACAUCUCUUUUAGCUCUUCAGCUCCACCAUUAGUGACAGUCGUAACUCUUACUUGUGGACUUGUGGACAAUGACCUUUACCAAUCCUGUGUUGGGACACCCUCCAAACCAGCAAUGCACAGUAAAAAACUGGCAGCUGUGGUUGCCAGAAAUUCACCAUAAAUAAUACGGUAACCACGAUUCAGGCUUUACGGGAUGUAAUUUUGAUGCCUGUAUAUGUUAUGGUGCAUUACCUUUUAUAUUAUUAAAUAAUAUAAACUUAAUAUUUUAACCUUCUGGAACUGUAAAAAUCUGCUUCUCACUUUAUAAUGUAUUGUUACUCACCGUAGUAAUAACAGAAAGGCACAUGAUGACAUGAAGUUCAUCAGUAGUGGCCCUUCCAGAAGCAAUGAUCAAUAAACAUGUAGAGACAGUGCUCAGUGUCACUCACACAAACACUAAACACCAUCAGGGUAACACAUGUGAAAUUAAAAUAAUGCAAUAAACAUUAACUAAACUACAUCAAAUAUAAUACAUAACACCCCAAAUGUACAUAACUGAUAUUAAAAAUAAGAAGAAACAUAACUAUUCCCAUAAAAUAUAAUGAAAUGUGAUGGGUUACUCAGGGAAUUCUGGGAACGUCCAAUUAUUGCUUUUUUUUGUUUUGUUUUUUUUACCAUAAUUUUAACAAUAAUUUACAGUAAAAAGUACAUGUACUCUCCUGUUACACAUAAUAUACAUUUUUACGUUAUAAAUAAUAUAAUUAUAUGGUAAAAUUAUACUUUUUACAUGUAAUACAAUUAUUUUUUUUCAACAAUGUACCAUAAAAUUCCAUGUAUUGUCUUUUUAAAUAUAAUUUUUAUCGUAUAUUUUAAGUUAACUGCCUGUUAAGUCAAGUCAUUUUUAUUUGUAUAGCGCUUUUCAAAGCAGUUUUACAGGAAAUCAUGCAUUAACAAAAAAAUGAAACUGUAAUAUCUAUAAAGUCUUAGAGUGAUCAUUGUGUAAUUUGAUUAAAUAUGAAUAAACCAAUUAACCAAUUAAAUUUUUUACAGUAGCAUUUUUACAGUCUUUUACCGUUAAAAUUAUGGACAUUUUUUACAGUGAGCUUAUUAGGCCAAAACUACAAGUGAAUAAUAUUUCUGAAAAGAGUAGUACUUAAUGUGCAUUAUAUAUAUUUUAAUUUCUUAGUGAACAGAUUUUAAGCAUUUUUAUAUCUGGUUAUAUGCUGCAGAUAUAUUAAAUCAUUUCUCAAUGGUAAUUCAUUCAGUAAAUACAUUUUUAUGUGGCUUUUUCAUUUUUAUGUGGCUUUUUAUGAACAUAAAGUGCACAGUAGAGUUCACUUUGACAAAUCAAUUAUUUACUAUUUAAAUCAUUCACUAUUGUAAAACAAGUCCAUCUGAGAGGACUAAAUGUGUGAAGAGAAAUUACUUCCUGACCACUUGCACAUUUGUUUGCAUGCAGAAGAUUUUACAACAGAAAUCAUUUAGAAUAAUUUAAAUAGACUUAGAAACAUUAACUUUAAAUAUUUACUAUAUAAAGUCUUUAACCGGUCUUUCCUGUGGUCAUCACUGCAACAAAAAGGACUUCUUGGUUUUAUGUGCACUCCCUGAGGCAAUAGCUGACAUUUGCAAACAAUCUUAAGGAAGGAACAUUUGUCAAACUUCUUAAUGAAAGUUACAAACAUAUAGCCAAUAUCCAAAACUAACUCUUGACAAGCAUCAUAUGUGAGUGAAAAUUGACUUUUUGGUCAGGUAAAACAUAGUUACUAGCUAUUUGACUAGUAACUUAUUUUAGGAAAUGUAACAUAAUACAUAGGUUAAAUCCUUGCUGUUGUUUUUUGCCCCAAAUGAAAAAAAGAGACAGAAGGUCAACUGAAGAAAAGCUCAAUGAGCCUUCUAACAGCUACCUCAGUGGAAAAUGUACCAUAAGAAGCCAAAAGUCUUUUACAAUCAUAACCCCAGAACUCCAUGUGGCAUGGCAACACAUUACUGACAAUGAGCGAACAAAAAAAUAUGAUGGACAAAAAACUCAUUCCAGUAGAUAACUUUCUGAAUUGCAUGACUGCCAUCUGCUGACCAUGGCAGUCUAUUGUGAAGCUAAUACUUAGUAAUAAGCAAAAAGCAUCUGCUAAAUGCAUUAAAUAUUACAUAAAGUAAAAUGAUGGGUCUCGAUUUUAUUUUUUUUUAUUUUUUUUUUUUGGACAAAAUAUGUUUACCAACAACACCAAAACAUUUAUUAAUUUACAAAUAUCCAUUUAUUCAUUUAGCAGACACUUUUAUCCAUAGUGACAGUGACAUUCAAUGACCUUCACUGUUUGCUGCAAAUAUGCAAGGAAAAAACAGCUUAACUCCUAAAAAAAAAAGAAAAAAAAGACAUUUAAUGAAAUAAUUUAUGGACUGUAAUUUUUUAAAAUUCGCCAAUCUCAAU